GUAAACUUGUGCAUGGAGUCCUGGUAUCAUCAGCACUGCUUUUUUUUUUUAGUAAGGCAAUCUACGACACCUACGUACAUCUGAAUGAGCCAAUCGAACCUAAUCCAGAAUUUGGAAGCAAAAGGAAACCAGAAGUUUAGGAUGGAGUCAGUUUCUAAAGCUCACGCUCGAAUGUUGAAAUUUCCCAAACUGCUUGCCGAAUGUAGAUUGGAAGGAUCAAUGUACGCCGCUUGUAUCUCAACUAACCAAGAUAACAUAAAAAAGGACGGUUGUAAGGAGGAAUUUGACAAACUUAGGAAGUGCGUUGUCAAGGCUGCAGCGAAAUUAGGAACGAGAAUUUGAACUUUUUAAAAUCCAAGUGUUUUUAAAAAACUGUUUGUAACUGUGUUUGCAUAAUAUAAGACUGGUUUUUA